CCUCACUACGGAGCUCGUCCCGCCUUCAUGUGUGCGCUGGGCCCGGCGGGGACUCUUUGAUGGGAGGCGGGUCGCGGGGGACGCGGGGACGCUGCGGGCCUCCUCUUCCUCCUCCGGCUCCUCUUCCUCCUCCUCCGGCUCCUCCGGCUCCUCCGGCUCGUCCCGGGCCCGGAUGGAGUCUCUGGCCGGCUACGUGUACAAGGCGGCCAGCGAGGGCCGCGUCCUGACGCUGGCCGCGCUGCUGCUGCACAACCACCCGGAGGCCGAGGUCCGCUUCCUGCUGGGACACGUCACGCAGGUGUCGGGACAGAGGUCCACGCCGCUCAUCAUAGCGGCCCGCAACGGACACGACAAGGUGGUCCGGCUGCUGGUGGACCACUACCGGGUCGACACGGAGCAGACCGGCACGGUGCGCUUCGACGGCUACGUCAUCGACGGGGCCACGGCGCUGUGGUGUGCUGCCGGAGCCGGUCACUUCGAGGUGGUGCGUCUGCUGCUGAGUCACCGCGCCAACGUCAACCACACCACCAUCACCAACUCCACGCCGCUGCGGGCCGCCUGCUUCGACGGGCGCCUGGACAUCGUCCACUACCUGGUGGAGCACAACGCAGACAUCCGCAUCACCAACAAGUACAACAACACCUGCCUGAUGAUCGCCGCCUACAAGGGCCACGCCGACGUGGUCAAGUUCCUGCUGGAGCAAGGGGCGGACCCCAACGCCACGGCGCACUGCGGCGCCACAGCCCUGCACUUUGCUGCAGAGGCGGGUCACCUGGAGAUCGUUAAAGAGCUGGUGCGCUGCCGAGCCCGCAUGGUGGUGAACGGACACAGCAUGACGCCGCUGAAGGUGGCGGCGGAGAGCUGUAAGGCGGACGUGGUGGAGCUGCUGCUGGCGCACGCCGACUGCGACCCGAGCAGCCGCAUCGAGGCGCUGGAGCUGCUCGGCGCCUCGUUCGCCAACGACCGGGAGAACUACGACAUCCAGAGGACGUACCACUACCUGCACAUGGCCAUGACGGAGCGCCACCGCGACCCGGAGAACGCCAUCGCCAAGGAGCUGCUGCCCGCCAUCGAGGCGUACGGCGGCCGCAGUGAGUGCCGGACGCCUCGAGAGCUGGAGGCCAUCCGCGUGGACCGGGACGCCCUGCACAUGGAGGGCCUGAUGAUCCGGGAGCGAGUCCUGGGCUCGGACAACAUCGACGUGUCGCACCCCAUCAUCUACCGCGGCGCCGUCUACGCCGACAACAUGGAGUUCGAGCAGUGCAUCAAGCUGUGGCUUCACGCGCUCCGCCUGCGGCAGAAAGGAAACCGCAACACGCACAAGGACCUGCUGCGCUUCGCCCAGGUCUUCUCCCAGAUGGUCCACCUGAAGGAGCCGGUUCUGGCCUCGGCCGUGGAGCAGGUUCUGAGCUGCAGCGUGCUGGAGAUCCAGAGAAGCAUGGCGCGCGUGGACGCGGCGGCCGAGUCCGAGCUGCCGCAGGCGCUGGACAACUACGAGUCCAACGUCUUCACCUUCCUGUACCUGGUCUGCAUCUCCACCAAGACCACCUGUGACGAGGAGGCGCGCGCCCGCAUCAACAAGCACAUCUACGACCUGAUCCAGCUGGACCCGCGGUCCCGUGAGGGCGCCUCGCUGCUGCACCUCGCCAUCAGCUCCAACACGCCGGUGGACGACUUCCACACCAACGACGUGUGCAGCUUCCCCAGCGCGCAGGUCACCAAGCUGCUGCUGGACUGCGGCGCUCAGGUCAACGCCGUGGACCACGAGGGCAACACGCCGCUGCACGUCAUCGUCCAGUACAACCGGCCGAUCAGCGACUUCCUCACGCUGCACGCCAUCAUCAUCAACCUGGUGGAGGCCGGCGCCCACACGGACAUGACCAACAAGCAGAAGAAGACGCCGCUGGACAAGAGCACCACGGGCGUGUCGGAGAUCCUUCUGAAGACGCAGAUGAAGAUGAGCCUGAAGUGUCUGGCGGCGCGCGCCGUCCGCCAGCACCAGAUCAUGUACCGGAACCAGAUCCCCAAAACGCUGGAGGAGUUCGUGGAGUUCCACUGAAAGAAAAACGGACACGUUGUCGUUUUAAAAGAAUAUUUUUUUUAUUGUUUUCUAACAAAUCCAAACGGUGCUGAGGACGACGGGUCGGCACGCAAUGUUUUUGAGCAUUUUUAUAAAACAGUGGGGAUGUUUUCUUUUCUAUUUUAAGUAUUAAUUGCUAAGAAGAAGCAGCAGCAGCCAGAGACGUCCGUCUGUCCGUCUGUCUCGCUGCGACGCAGCAGAGGAACCUUUCAGAGACGGGACGGCGGCGAGCUGCUUCCUGUUUUGCCUUAUCUCCGUGACGAGGAGCCGCCAUCUUACUGUGAUCCUGCAGCAUGAGAGAGUGAGAGAUGAACGAGUGAUCAACACACACACACACACACACACACACACACACACACACACACACACACACACACACACGAUUCUUUUAAUAUGGAAAACAUUGGCUUUAGUUUUUACUGAAUGAGAUCAGGACACGUGACUUCAUUAACAACCAGCUCUACUUUAUAUUAAAUGGUUUGCUGGUAACAAUUAUUUGUGCAAGUCCUUUUUCUCUUUCUGAACUACAUGGCCUAAAGUAUGCAGACACCCCGUCCUCGUAUGUUUGUAUGUCCGUUCUGAUGGAGGACAUCUUAAUGAUAUUGACACCACCCUUUUGGACUUGUGUUCCUUUAAAAUAAAACAAUAUCCCUCGUAUUAAAGUUGUCAAACGGUCAAAUUAUUAGAGAGUAGUAAAUCAUAAUAAUAAUAAUUGAGUGCAGUGUUUUUAAUUCUCUCCUGUCCUGUUGAUCAUCAGAGACUCAUGUGUUUAGUAGGGAACCAGUUUUAGACUAAAUUAACAGUUCAGCUUUGUCUCUUUUCUGUUGCAACAUAAAGAAAAACGCAAUUCCGGGUGUCCACAUACUUUUGGCCGUGUAGUGCACCUCUUCUGGUGGUUCAAAACACAAACCAAAUAUUCCACAUUCAUUCCGAUGGAUACUCCGUUGAUUGCUGGUGCAUGAGCUUUUAUUUUGAAACCCGUAUCUGAGGACACGAGCACAGGAACUAUGAAUGUUUUCCCAGAUGGGAAGAAAUCCUCAUUAUUUUAAAGUGUGGAUUAUUAGUGAAGAAGAGGACGAUGUUAACGGCUUCGUCUUCGUUACGUCUGGAGAAAAAAACCCUGAAGAGACUUUGAUGUGGUGAUCCAACGCCGUUAACGAGCUGUGAUCAUGUGACCGUCUUCACCCUGCAGGUGGAAACGGGUGGAGAGCUUCUAUGACUUCACAUUAUUUUACUCUACAUUUAUUUAUUUGCUGCGAGUGUCCUCAUGUCUCUGUUGGAUUCCUUUGUUUCUGUGGACUUUUAUCGUUUUAUUUUUUACUGCUGUUUGUGCCUCAUAGUUCCAGAGCUCACUAUCAGACUCCAAAAUAUGAAUAACUAAUGAUCUUUAUUAAACCCAGAAAGAAAACAAGAUUGUUAGAAGAGUCUCUGAGAAAAAUCCCUUCAGACCAGCAGGAAGUGAUCUUCAGCUGUUUCUUUUUUAACCUGAUGCUUUCUGGAUGGAAGUUAAUGGUUAAUCAUAAGAAGCACAAGAAGAACCGACUGUACGAGGGUUCUGCUCGAGGGUUCUGCUCUGACGGUGUUCAAGGUCCCUGACAUGAUGAGGGUUAAUCCUUUAAAUUCAUCUUAGAGGAUGUUCAUGCUGAGGUUCUGUUUGAUGAUGUAGAGAGGUUUGAGUGUGAAGGAUCAGAAGUUCCUCUGAAGCUCAUUAGUCUUAACAAAGCCGACUGAUUGAACAUCAAACCGUCUGCAGCCCAAAACAAAGACGAAGCAGUUUGCUUCAUCUUCCCUUCUGGUGAUGAUGGAAACCUGCAGAGAGGAAAUGAUCGUCACAGUCGGGUCAUUAGCUCCUCAUCAGUCUUCACUGGAGGAACACAGACCAUGAACGCAUCAGAGAAACCAGCUGCUGCAGAAGAAACAUUCCAUCAAUCUGAUUUAUUAUAUUAUAUAUAUAUAUAUAUAUAUAUAUAUAUAAAAGUUUAAAAGUCUGGAAACACAAAAAUCAGCAUCAGUGGCCAUAAAGACAAAUUGAAGAUGUGGAAAAUAAAGUUUUUCUGUGAUUCUCUGAUCAGGUGGAGGUAAAGUUGAGUAUUCCUUGUGCGGGUUUGAUUUUUCCUGAACUAAUGCAGCAUGUGAAUGCAACACAAACUAAUUUUGAUUGACAGACUUUUCUGUUAACAUGCAAACUCAGCGUCCGUCUGUCCAGCAGAGGUCAGAGAGGUCAGAGGUCGUUUCUGGUUGGAGGGUUUUAAGGUUUGAGGUGAUGAUUAUGUGCCAUCAGAAUGCUCCUUUUUAUUUUAUUUAACGCUGCAGGAGUUUUUAUUUCUGUCUCGUGUUUUUGUGUCUGUGGCUGAAAUGAAGCCAAAGAUUCUGGUGUUGAUGAAAGUUCAGAGGACGUCAGCUGUGAUGAACUUCUGCAGAAUGAAUGCUGUCAAAUUAAAAGUCUUCU